UAUUUUUAUUUGCUCAAAAAAUACUUAUAGAAAAUAUUUGUCUAUUCCCUAUUCACUCAUGUUUGACUAUUUACCAAAGAAGGACAGCACCAUUUGAGAAGAAGCUUUUGUGCAUUGCCAUUGGGAGCAAAAGGAGGUUGUCGAUAUUUUUGGCGCUUGGUUUGUGUAUAAACUUGUUGUAAUAAUUGCUGUGAAAGAUGACGCAAGUAAUGGAAAAAGAAUGGUGCAACUCUGUCAACUGUCCACUUUGUUUGGAAGAGUUGGACCUGACUGAUCUUUCCUUGAAACCUUGUCUAUGUGGUUAUCAGGUUUGUCUAUAUUGUCUUCACUACAUUCGAGAACAACAAGAUGACAAGUGCCCUGCUUGUCGAACGCCAUAUACUGAAGAAAACUUUUCAAUUACCAAGUUGGACCCAGAAGUUGUCUCUCAGUUUUCUCGUAGAGGGUUGAAUAAGAAGAAGGAACGUUUAAAUAUUCCAGAAACAGAUUCUUAUUCCCCCAAAACUCGUACUACACCCUGUUCACAGCAUCGCUUACGCAACAACGUCAACUGGAAGAGGUUAAGAAUUAUCCAGAAAAACCUCAUUUGUGUGAAAGGUCUAGUCUCUUCUAUUUGUAGAGCAGAUGUAUUAAGAAGGGAAGAAUUAUUUGGACGCUUUGGUAAGUUGUUGCGUGUUCUAGUGGACAGAGGUCGUUGGACAAGUGGUGGUUUUCGAGAGUCGAUUGGAACCUCGGAUAUAGUAGCUAUAAAGGCAAUGAACAAUGAAGUUAUUUAUGAUACGAAAAUUCGAGUGAGUUUGGCAACGACCAAAUAUUGCAAUGCCUUUUUGGAGUCUGGACAACCGCAGUGGUGUGAUAAUCCGUAUUGUUUAUAUCGACAUGAAAGUGCAAAUUCUGAAGAUGUAGUAACAGCUGAUUCCUUACAAUCACUUGGUUUAGCUCCACCACCACCACAUUAUCUAUUUUCUAUGAAAAAGUUUCGUUCUCAUUCCAUUCCACCUGGUUAUUAUCUUCCAAACCAUCGUAAACAACAUAAUUAUGAAGAUUCUCAACAUAGUUUUUUGGAAAGAAACAAAAAGCUUGGAAUGAGCACUCAUUCACCUGCUUCUAGUGGAUGGAGUCGUUCCCUUGACUCGGACGAACAACUUUCUUUGGAUGAUAACUCGAUUGGUAAUGAAGAUGAAUGUUUUAGUGAGAAGAAGAAAAUGAAGAACUUAUUGUAUACAGAAGAAAAUGGUAGCCUUGAAAAGAGAGCAACUGGUAAUACUUUAGAAUAUCUUUCCAAUGGCAACUACGAGAAGCCUCAUUCAAUAUUAUCAGAUACUGGAGAGCUUCCAACAUUGGAUAUGUCUGGAUUGUUAUUAGAAAGUGUCGCUGGUAUGAAUUCACCUGGUUUGGAUAUGUACCAUUUCAAGAAUAGAAUGUCUUCACGUUUUGAUUUUCAUUCCUACAAUGAAAGCCAUGAUAGUGAUGACUCAUUAUCUCCAAGUGACUCGGACAAAAGUAGAACAAAUCCAACUACAGAGUGGUUAAGUGACUCGAAAGCUUUUCAUGAGCCGCCCACAUUAUUGGAAAAUGAUGAAUGGAUUACUCCUGAGAAGAGAUUGGAAAUGAUGUUUGGUAAUGAUGUCGUUAAUCACUUUGUUUCAUUGGAUGCUCUUCCUUCUUUGAAUGACUUGUUGACCCGCUUGCAAUCUUCCAAAACAAAGGAGGAAAGCACCAAGGAGCUUGUUGUUGACAAGGAGCAAAGGCAUUUCAAUAUAUCGGAAAAUGACUCUAAUUUAGACAAAACAAACAAAGAGAACUCUUCUAUUGUCGAUGCUAUGAAAGAAGAAAACGACAGACAUGAGACAGAAACUAGAAUAGUGACAACAAAUGAUGAGACCGAACCAAACAAGUCCAAAAGUUCUAAAAAGAGCCAACGAAAGAAAAGGAAACAGAAGAAAGCCAAGUCAGAUAGCAAAGACUCAUCAGCUGCUUCGAAUGAAGCAAAUCAUGAUUCUCCUCAAGUCGCAUUGGAUCAUCUGCAGUCGAAUGACAAAACGAUCUCAUCGGUUGAAUAUCCACCGAAUGUUAUCAUUGACCCUUUGAGUCACCCUCAUUAUCCAUCAGAAGAAGCUUCCAAGGAUUCCUCGGAUAGUCGAAAUAGGAAAGAGUCUAUAAGAAUGAAUCCAACUAGCCAAACCUUAGAAAUGGAGUUGCAACUUAUGAAAGAAAAGGAAUUGCAAUUGCAGAAACGUUUAGAAGAGUUGCAAACCAAACUUGAAAAAUUAUUACUUUUGUAGUUUUAAGAAUCAAUUUUUUUACU